ACAGAAAUAACUAAAAUACGAAACUGUUGGAAUCUUUAUCAUUUUUGCAUGCAUUGCACACUCACGUACACACAUGCAACAACACAACGCUCACAAAUAUUCACAAAUAUGCGACCGCGAGAUAAUAUAUGCAACGAAGCUGAUUUACCUGGUAAAAGCAGUUAGCAAUUAGAAGAGCUGUACAGAUAGCGAAGCUCUGGUUUCCUGUUUGGUUUCUCUCUCUGCUUUCUCUCUCAUCUGAGAAAGACUGUUAUCGUCUCCUCGACUCUCAAGAAUCAGAUCUCCGCCUCUCCGGCAUUGACUCGGUAGUCAGGAUGGUUUCAUGGGGCUUUGUGAAAGUUCAGCACCACAAUUGACACGAAAUGGUUCUUUGAAUGGGAAGAUUAUAAUUUGCCAUGAAAUCUGGGAAAUUUUUGCAGGUCUGGAAAGAAAGGUGUAAAUUUUUGACAAGUUUCUGAAGCUAAGCAAUGGAUGUUGAUAGACCAGAAGAAAAACAGUUGAAAAAUCAGAGUUCGUGGAUACCAGCAACCCCUUCAAGGCCUAUCCUACAAAAACCACCAGUGAUCUUUACAGGAAAUCCAAUACCCCAAAGGAGUUGGUUGGGAUUGGGGAGGUUCUCACAAGAUCAAUGUUUUGAUGAUUCCAGUCAAGCAGAAAUAAAUGGAGGUUUUAAAGUUAGAGAGGCAGUUUUACCUGAGGAAUCCUGCAUUGGUAGUGGAACACCAGGAGAGAGUUUGAGUGAUGGAGUUGCCAGUUGGAAUGAUUUUUCUUUUACAGAUCUUCUGGCUCUUGCAGAUCAAGGAAAAGAUAAUGCGGCAGGUUCAUUUUCCAUUCUGAAUUCUCCUGUUGUCGGGAAUAAGGAACACUGCAACCCAGCAAAUAAAUUGGUCUCAAACAAAAUUGGAGCAAACUCGUCAACAAAUCGCAAUAGCAUGGAGGAAGGAAUUCAGAAUAAACUACCCUAUUCUCUCCAGCGCGGCUUUGAUAUUUCUUUUGCUCCUGCUGCUAGAAUGGAGGAUGCUUUGUUUAGCAUUAGCACAUCACAAUUUGCUCCUGCAACGCCAGAGAAGGCCAUUAGAGUAGAAAGAAAGAAUCUGCCCGAGGCACAAAAUUUAUGCACAAGGGAAAUGACAAAUGAGGAAGAUGAGGAGAAUGCCAUGUCAAUUGCCAGGGUUGGAAAUAAUGAAGUCCAACGUGACAAGCAAACCCCAAAUAGUGUUACAGAUUUGUCAAUUGCUGCUGUUUCCACACCAUUGAAGGAGAAUCACAGCCCUGACAAGGGAGGCGGCAAUGAUAUUGACCUGAGCGAAACACUGCGGCAGAAAUCAAGAAGAAGAAAGCAUAGGCCCAGGGUAAUCAAAGAAGGCAAACCCAGGGCUCGGAAAUCAAUGAUCCCAAAGCCGGAUAUCUGUAAAGAAAGUCCAACAGGUAAGAGAAAAUAUGUGCGAAGGAAGCCACUGAACAAAGCCUCAGCAGAGAAGUGUGAAGAGCCUGUUGAUGCAAAAGAUAUGGAGUCUACUAAGAAGUCAUGCCGAAGAUCAUUAGAUUUUGACAUAGAAGGACAACCUCAAUGCAAACGCCCUACAUGCAAGUCAACUGUUAAUCUAGAAUCAGAAACACAGACGCACGGCGUUUCUACUGAGGGAAAUCAACCAAAAUCGACAGUAAACCUUGGCCAAGGCAUUGAAAUAGUUCUCGGAACCACAGAAACAGGCAUUGCUUACGAUCUCACCUGCUCUGUGUCUCAAAUGCUGAAAGAUUACAUACCAUUGCAAGAAAAGCAAUCACCUAGCACACCACUUCCUGCAAAGACAAAAACCCCAUGGAGAGAAACAAAUGUCAGGACUCCAGAGGCAAUUAAUAAUGAUAGAGAAGGUCAAGUUGUGGCUAACAAGGAACCAAAAAAUAUCACCGACGCCAUGUUGCCAACACAAGCCCACUCACCACCAGGAACGUCAAAUUUCUCCAACUGGAGCACCAGGACAACUUGUAAUGAAGAAGGAAGUGCAGGGGCCUCAAAAAGAAAGUACUCUAAAACUACUGAACCAGCAGAAUCCAGUAGCACAAAUCUAGAAGGGAUUCACAGUAAUUCAGUAUACGAAUACCAGAGGGAAUUUUGGGUGCAUUUUCCCAACAUCCACAAGAAAAAAAGGAGUGAGAAGGAGCAAAAUUCUACCACAUCCUGCACAUCAUCUUUCAUGACUAUGGAGAAACAGGCUGUGAAUGAUGCCAAAGGUAUGUCUACUGCAACAGAAGCCAACAAUUGGACAAUUGCCCCUGAAGAAGUUUUGGGUGAAGGUAAAUAUGGAGGAGCUCAACAAAAUAAACUGCAUACUCUUGAACAUAUCAUGACUUCAAGUCAUAUGGGGAAAAAAAUAAAGGGGAGAUCAAGAGGCCCCACUCAAGUCCUGGACUUGGCUUCACUUUCCAGAAUUAUGGAGUUCAAGAUGUAUCCAACUUCCUCAGUCAGAGAAGAAACAAUGGUUCACGAUGGGCCACAAGUGAACUCACACAGACCUCGUACAUGUAUAGAAGACCUAGUUGCAGAGAUGCAUGCAACUUUGGCAAGAAAGAAGCGAACAAAGAAGAUAAACAAAUUUCUGAAUUCAACAUUUUCCAUUACACCUGAACUGCAACCGUACCAGAAGAUCGCUUUAUAUAAUCAGCACCAAUCAUUAGGUGCUCCUAUACUAUGGCGAGAAAUGCUUUCUAUUGAUGCAAUUGUUGAGCGAUUGAGGCAUUUACACAUCAACAGGGAAGGCAGCUAUGUUGAGCAUCAACAGCAGACUGCACUUGUCCCUUAUGGCCUCAGAAAUCAAGAACAUAAUGCCCUAUUCAGUUAUGGUCGCAGAAAUCAAGAACAGAAUGCACUUGUUCUCUAUAGAAGAGAUGGAACCAUUGUACCCUUUGACAGUUCAUUUGAUCCCAUCAAGAAACGACGGCCACGGCCUAAGGUCAACCUGGAUGACGAAACUAAUAGAGUAUGGAAGCUUCUUUUGCAAGAUAUCAACAGUGAAGGCAUUGAUGGUACAGACGAGGAUAAGGAAAAAUGGUGGGAGGAAGAAAGGAGAGUGUUCCGUGGACGUGCAGACUCAUUUAUCGCACGAAUGCAUCUUGUACAAGGUGAUAGACGGUUUUCUCAAUGGAAGGGAUCGGUCGUGGACUCAGUGAUUGGAGUAUUUCUUACUCAGAAUGUCUCUGACCAUCUGUCGAGCUCUGCAUUUAUGUCAAUGGCUUCCCAUUUUCCCAAAAAUCCAAAAGACCACUACAGAUCAUGCUAUGAAGAAGGGACAAGCUCGGCAAGUGAGGAACCAUCACUAUGCAUACUGAGUCCUAAAGAACCUAUACAGUGGAAUGAGAUAUCAAACCAACCAAUUUCUGAUAAGCACUGCAUGACACACCACGAGAACAGGUGUAAUGAAGAAAAGGAGGCCACAAACAGCAAUGAGUCCUUGGGAAGCAGCUGCAGUUUUGUUUGUUUGACAAAUGAACCAAAAGGCAAGAAUUUUGAUUCCUCGAAAAGUUGUCAAGAGGUCCCCUGUGACUCAGCAAUGAACAGAAUCACCAAUGAGAUUAUGGGGCCAAGGACAACAUCUCACGAAGGACUAGAUGGAACUGCACCAAAUGACAUACAUUCGUCUCAAGAUUCUGCAGUUUCAUUCUGUAAUUCUGUAGAUUAUCCAGUUGCUCAAAAUACAGAAAGAAAAGAGUCGUUCGCAGAAAGCAGCACAGAAGCAGAAAACAUGGUCGACAAGUCUUUGAAUGGGUCUACGUCUUUUGUGGAGCUUUUACAGAUGGCUGGCUCUAAAAGACAACAUGAAACUUAUAGUCAUCAAAUAUCUAAUGAGAACUCAAAGGAAUAUAUACAACCCAAAACUGCUGCACAUGACAACCAAAGACAAAACAUGGAGAAUCUAGACAGCCCUAGAAGCUCUUUAAGAAUGCUGGUGACCCCAUCCAGUAGUUACCGUUUGCAUCUCACCCCAAACUCAGGAGUGUUGGAAGUUGAUUCCUUUGCGUUGAUCAAAGAAGGAGCAUUGUCUUCUGAUCUUUCCAAGAAGGAUGAACAUGACACCACAAGUAAGAGUGCAUUGACAGCAGAAUCGACAAGUCAAACUGUAAAUCAGACCAUCCUGACCGCUUAUGUUCCAGAAGCACCACAAUAUACUGGCAGACAUGAUCAAUCAUGCAACAACAUUCAAGAAGACAAUAAGUCGAUUAUUGAGCCUCAAAGUGAGCUAAUUAAUGAAGGGAGAAUGUUUGUUGAGGCACAAGCACAAGCACAAGAACAAGCACAGAACUAUGAUACUCAAAGUAGCCUAGCUUUACCAAACAUUUCAGAGGCCCUGGAUGUCACUGAAAGCACUGCUACAUUUGGUGACCAGAGAAAUAGACAGCAGAUAACAACAGAGCCAGACAUGAAUAAGCAGGCUGAUUCAACAAGUAUGGAGGAUAAGAAGAAUGCUGCAAAUAUGAAAGCAAAAAGUAGAAGGGUUGGAAAAGAAAUAAAUAUUGAUUUCAAGUGGGACGACUUGAGAAAACUGGCGGAAGCUAGUGGAAAGAAAAGAGAGAGAACAGCAGACACAAUGGACUCUGUGGAUUGGGAAGCAGUUAGGUGUGCAGAUGUGAACGAGAUUGCCCAAACUAUCAAAGAAAGGGGGAUGAAUAAUAUCCUUGCAGAACGAAUAAAGGACUUCCUUGACCGAGUGGUUAGAGAACAUGGUAACAUUGAUCUAGAAUGGUUGAGGGAUGUUCCGCCAGACAAAGCAAAAGAGUAUCUGCUAAGCAUAAGGGGAUUGGGCCUGAAAAGUGUGGAGUGUGUCCGACUACUGACACUUCAUCAUCUUGCAUUUCCUGUUGAUACAAAUGUUGGACGCAUAGCUGUUAGACUAGGAUGGGUCCCCCUACAACCACUGCCUGAGUCACUUCAAUUGCAUCUUCUAGAACUGUACCCAGUGCAGGAAUCCAUUCAGAAGUAUCUGUGGCCUCGCUUGUGCAAGCUUGAUCAACGAACACUGUAUGAACUACAUUACCAAAUGAUAACCUUCGGAAAGGUCUUUUGUACAAAAAGCAAACCUAAUUGCAAUGCCUGCCCCAUGAGAGGAGAAUGCAGACAUUUUGCAAGUGCCUUUGCGAGUGCAAGGCUUGCGCUGCCAGGACCUGAUGAGAAAAGUAUUGUAGCUGCAACUCAAAACAGAACAGACUACCAAACUCCCAGCGGGGUCAUCAAUCAGGAAAUGCUGCAUCUAGCCCAAGCAACUGAACAAUCAGAAUCAAAACAGCUAUCAGGAGCAGUAACUGGAGUCAACAACUGUGAGCCUAUUAUUGAAGAACCUGCAACACCAGAACCAGAAUGCACACAAGAUCCAGAAAAUGAUAUCGAGGAUACUCUUUGUGAAGAUCCCGAUGAAAUUCCAAUGAUCAAACUUAACAUUGAAGAGUUCACACAAAAUUUGCAGAACUAUAUGCAACAGAAUAUGGAACUUCAAGAAGGAGAUAUAUCAAAAGCCUUGGUUGCUCUAACUGCAGAGGCUGCUUCCAUUCCUACACCUAAGCUUAAGAACGUGAAUCGGCUACGAACAGAGCACCAAGUCUACGAACUUCCAGAUUUGCACCCUCUUUUGGAAGGGUUAGAAAAACGACAACCUGAUGAUCCAUGCUCAUACCUUCUUGCCAUAUGGACACCAGGUGAAACAGCAAAUUCCUUUCAACCUCCUGAAAGUAAGUGCAUUUCACAAGAAUAUGGCCAAUUGUGCCAUGAUAAUACAUGUUUCUCAUGCAACAGCACAAAAGAAGCCAAUGCGCAAAUCGUUCGAGGAACACUUUUGAUACCGUGUCGAACAGCAAUGAGAGGCAGCUUUCCCCUCAACGGUACAUACUUUCAAGUUAAUGAGGUUUUUGCUGACCAUGAUUCUAGUUUGAACCCAAUUGAUGUUCCAAGAGCUUGGAUAUGGAACCUACCCAGGCGGACUGUUUACUUUGGAACCUCCAUACCAACAAUAUUUAAAGGUCUAACAACAGAAGGAAUUCAACACUGCUUUUGGAGAGGAUAUGUUUGUGUAAGAGGAUUCGACCAGAAAACACGAGCACCCCGUCCUCUGAUGGCCAGGCUACAUUUUCCGGCCAGCAAGUUGAAGGCAAAAGGUAAAGCAGAUGAGGAUGAUAGGUAGAUCAGAACACAUUGGUAAUAAUCACAACCUGUCUUAGAAGUCUUCAGAAAUCCACCACCAACUAGUGGCACGGUAUUCAUCAAAUCAAGAGCAGAGUUGGGCGUAACUGAGCGAGGAAAGUGAGAGAUGCUUGUAUGAGCCCACAAUACAUGGGCAUCAACGAUUAUGUGGUUAACUAGGUUAUAACCAUUUAAUGCAUGCUCAAAUUGUGUAGUUUUCCUAACUCAGCAUUUUGUCAGCAUGACGUCAUAUGCUACAAGUUGGUCUAGUUUUUCAGACGGAAAGAAGGACCCAUAGCAAAAUAGUCAGUAAUGAAACUAGAAGAGUUCGGAGCAGAAA